UUUUGUUUGGAGAACGGUAGGAGAACAAGGUCACGCACCAGGUAAAAUGGCAGUAGUUGUUGGUGCACCAGCAGCGUACGAAGUAAAACGCUGCGUUUUACACAAAUGUAUACGUCACAGCGUAAGCCACACGUACGAGUGGGAAUGUGCAUGUGUGACGUAGCUCGUGUUGAAGUUUCGUAUUAUUAUUUUUCUAACCUGUCACAGAGCGGAAAAUAGACAAGUUGCAUUAACGGAGAGAGUUGCUUACGAGCCUGCGCGAUCGUAUAAUACGAGCAUCUCGUGCGGUAAGAGAAAAAACAGCAAAAAAACGUACACACAGAACGAAAAUAAAGAGACGAGGAAAACGAUCUUUGCGGUGAAGCGGAGUGUGCCCGCGCGGAGUCGUGCAAAUCGGAAGUGAAAAAUAGGCGCGUCUCGGUCAGGCGAAUCUCCAGGUCCUGUGGAAUUCGAUUCGACGAUAAAUCUCGUAUUCCAGUGAUAUCCAUGAAAAUUCAUCGCCCCCUUUUUUCCAUACACAAAAUCGUAGCGCACGCGUGUGACUAAACGGAAUAUUCAGAAAGAAAAUUUCUGUUCCGCGAAGACUCUUCGGGGCUUCGACCUUCGUUAACGACGCCAAAAUAAUGUUUUCACUUUUAUUAGCGAAAGUUCGGAAUAAAAAAUUCGGACGUUCAUUUUGAUCCGUCGAAUCGUCGUCAGAAUCAUUCGCCAUGCCGUUUAUCGUCUAUUGUUCCAUUGGCUAAAGAAUUUUAGAAAGAACUCAAAAUUCAUCAAGGCAUCGGCCUUAAUUUCACAGUGAAAAAAUCACUUCAACGUCGCUUCGAGUUCCCCCACUUUUGCACGCUCACGACAAAGUGCUGGCGGAUUCCUCGAAACAGAAUUGUAAUAAUCAUAUUUACGGACACGAGUUGUUAAGUGAAAGAAAAUGAAAAAAUAAUAUACGGAGGCGGUUCUCAACGUACUUUUCCCUAAGCGAGCCGACAAAUUUACCGUUUUCGAGAAGUGACAUAAGCCCGUAAUAAGACUUUACAUCUUGAUAAUAACAAUAUUAAAGUAAAGUGACGAUAAUCAUAGCCCUCGCGCGCGCGUCGUUCGCAAUCAGAUAAACCGAGCGAAGUAUUACACACUUUUAUAUUUAUUUCGUAUCCACGCAGGCUCGCUCGUAAAGCUACAUAAAUAUAAAUACAUGUGUAUGAUACAAAUGCUUGUACGUGUAUGUAUAUAUUUCCUAUCUAAAGUGCGCUAUCGUAGAGGUAGUCUGAUAAGGGCACACGUUGAUUUGAGCCAGUUGAAAUUUGACGGAAACGCGAGCGAAGCAGUGGCAACCAUGAAAAUGGAGCGUGAUCACAGACUGGAGCAGUUGAAGAAAGCUACUGAUAGGAUACAGAAGGAAAUUGAGGAAGUUACCGAACGAGAACUCGAGCUCAGGAACGUUGGUAGCAUUAAAACGACUUCGGACGAAAACGUCGAUUCCAAGGUUCGACGAAUGCCACAGGCUUUAGUGUCCGGUAGACUGAAAAGAACAACCUCGACCCCCCAAAUUCUCGAGCCGGUGACCUUGAGCCCGUCGACACCGAGUUUAACGCCAAAAAUGACGAACGGUGUGAUUUCGGCACGCACGACACCGACGCCAUUGCGCUUCGCCACGACUCCGAGCCAGAAGGGUCUCAUGCACAGGUUCCUCGCGACUCGAGGUAAAAUAUUCAGAUCGAAAACCGUCGACGGUGACCCUUUAACGCCACCGCCCACGCCAACGAUCUCACUCAAUCCUUUGAGUCUCAAAGCUUUUGGAAAAACUUUGGACAUGAAAAUCGAGCAGGACGACGAGCCGAAAAAACCGCCGGUGCGCAAGGGCUACGUUCCCGUCGAAGAAAAAAUUCAAAAAGAACUGAACGAGAUGAAAGAGCGAGAAAACGAAUUGAGAUUAAUGAGAUCGCGAAUGCUGGCUAAAUCCCAGCCGAAUUUACUAGACAUCGGUAACGAUAACGAUUCCGAUAUCUACGACGGUGCCAAUUCGCUGCGAAGUGGGACGUCUUCGAAUACUUUGGACGAGGACGAGUUGGAGCGAGAAAACAAAGGGAAACACAAGCCGAAUCCAAGAAGACGAAGCACGUUGAUUGCUCAGUGGGAAAAUCUAAUAGCAGCGACGAAAAAAAGCGUGGAGAAUGGCAACGAGAGCGAGAAUCAUUUUUAAUUACCGCAUCUAUUGAAAGACUCGUUGUUUUUCUCUCCUUCGCGUUAAUACGGUCGACGCUCCGAGCGAAAGCGAUUAUUUAAGAAAAAAAGAAAAAACAUUUUUCCUUCGUGUGCUCAGCCGAGCGUUGGAAACUGUCGCGGAGUCGCGAACGGUGCCUAUUUAAGAAAGAAAAGAAAAAACAGACGACUAAGUUUCGUACUAAAUUAAUAUGCACAUACAUAAUUUAUAUGUAUUCAAUCCGAAUGAUUUAUCAGCGUUGCUAAUAGUCAGUAUUAUAUUCGAUUUGUAAAUUCGAGACUUCGUGGACGAAGCCAGUUUAGGGUAGGAAACAAUUGCGAUUGUAUUACGUUUUUUUUUGUUGCUCGAUCAAAAAGCAUUUGCACUCGUUGGCAAAAGUUUUGAUCGAAAGGUGUCCGAUCAAUUAUUUAUUACAAAUUCCUCAAAAUUACUGAGCGAUUUGACGAAUUUCAAUUGUAAAAUAGACUCUCGAAAUUGCAAAACGAACUGCUCACACACGUAUUGUUUUUAAAAAACUUGUGAACCGUUUUCCUUGUGUAAAAUGAAAUUCAGGCUUAUUUCGUCAUUGCUGAUUUGUUUCUGGGAUUUCUGCCGAUUCCAAAUUUUUGUCUAACAACGAGGUGUAAAACACAAACAAACCCAAACAAAUAAUGUUAUCGACGAAUUGAAAAAACGCCCGGAAAGAUUGUUUUCUGAAUGCUAAUCGAUUUUGAGUGAGAGCAAUUAUUUUUUCACUCGAAUUCAUCGAUUGGAUGUGAAAAAUAGUGGUAAUUUGAGAAUUCGUGAUACGAAUAAUAUUUUAAACGAAAAAAAAAUGAUUUUUCUUUCCAACGUCUCCGAGUGUGAUACGAGAUGAUUGUACGCCGAAUGGGCUCCUUGUACUUACGAUACAAUAUGUUUGAAUGCGAGCUGGUGAUUGAGAAAAUGGAUUUGAAGAAGAUUAAAAACUAGGAGAAAAUGGGCGGAAUAGUUUUCGAGUAUUUUUACAGCUGGUGCAUAUUUAAGGAAAUCGUCCUAUUCGUAGGAAAUGACCGCAAUCAAAAGACAUGUGCAAUUUUUUUUUUACCUAAGUAUAAAAAUUGAAUGAAAAUGGUGCCGCGAAUAAUGUCAAAUCAUUAUUUUCUUUCUCUUUUCGUUGAAGAGAUUUCGUACUAUUUGCCAUUAAACCUCGCAACGAAACGGUCUUUUGAUGUGUCGCGCGCACGCGUGAAACUUAUUUCUCGAGUUUUCAUCUUUGAAAUUAUACACAAUUAUAUACGUUUACAAUGCUUCUGAUGGAGAUUUUGGUGUGAUGUUGUUAUACAUGUAGAAUUAUAUAUAUUUAUAUACGAUAUCGAAUAAAUUAUUUCUCGUAUUUAAAUUGA